UUUUUUUUUCCCUGUUAAUAAAAAUAAAAAUUGGUCGCGGGGCCCAAGUUUGUUCAGUCUCCUUCUGGUUCGAAAUGCAAAGCCGAAGCUCCAAAACCAACCUGCAAUGCGCCAUGGAAGGAGCUUCCUCGUCAAAGGACAAAGAAGCCAUUGGCAACUGGGUGAUCAUCUCCUGGUUGCUUCACUCACCAAAACCCUAUCCGACUCCGGCACUCAUAACCUUCCCGACCCUCAUUCCAUUCCUCUCUCCGAGUCUCUCCUCCUCCAAAUCCUUCGCACCAAAACCCUACACCCUUCAAAGAAGCUUGCUUUCUUCAGAUGGUGCUCUCUCGUCCCCGAUUUCAAGCACUCUGCUUUAUCUUACUCCCACAUCUUCCGUACUGUUUGCCGUGCCGGCUACCUCCAUGAAGUCCCCGACUUGCUUAAUUCCAUGAAGCAAUAUGGGGUUGUGGUACAUUCCGAGACUUUCAAAGCGUUGCUCGACUCCUUUAUUCUCUCCAGUAAGUUUGAUUAUGCGCUUGAAAUCCUCCAUGUUAUGGAAGAACUGGGAACUAGCUUGAAUACCCAUAUUUAUAACUCUGUUCUCGUCGCUCUGGUUAGGAAAAAUCAAGUGGGUUUGGCCUUGUCUAUAUUCUUUAAGAUCCUGCAAGGAAAUUCCCAAUUGCUCAGUUCCAUUGCCUGUAACAUGUUGCUGGUGGCUCUUAGGAAAGCAGACAUGAGGUUGGAAUUCAAACAAGUGUUUGAUAAGCUAAGAGACAGCAGCGGCUUUGAGUUUGAUACAUGGGGCUACAAUAUAUGUAUUCAUGCAUUUGGAUGCUGGGGUGAUCUGGGUUCUUCUCUGAGCCUCUUCAGAGAGAUGAAAGAGACUGUAGGUCCGGAUUUAUGCACUUAUAAUAGUCUCAUUCUUGUGCUCUGCUUCGUUGGGAAGGUGAAAGAUGCACUAGUUGUCUGGGAGGAAUUGAAAGGGUCCGGCCACGAACCUGACGCCUUCACUUACCGAAUUCUGAUUCAAGGAUGCUCGAAAUCGUAUCGAAUGGAUGAUGCCUUGAAAAUCUUUAACGAGAUGCAGCAUAAUGAAAUUUUUCCUGAUACUAUUGUAUACAAUGCCCUCCUGGAUGGGCUAUUCAAGGCAAGAAAGGUCAAUGAAGCCUGCCAGUUGUUUGAGAAAAUGGUUCAGGAUGGGGUAAGAGCUUCAUCUUGGACUCAUAAUAUUCUGAUUGAUGGUUUAUUUAGGAAUGGAAGGGCUGAGGCUGGUUACACUCUGUUUUGUGACUUGAAGAAAAAGGGACAGUUUGUGGAUAAUAUCACUUAUAGCAUUGUUGUGCUGCAACUUUGUAAGGAGGUUUUGCUUGAUGAAGCUUUGAGAUUGGUGGAAGAGAUGGAAGACAGGGGCUUUGUUGUUGAUCUAGUUACGGUAACUUCACUUUUGAUUGGGAUGUAUAAGCAAGGUCGGUGGGAUUGGUCAGACAGACUCAUGAAGCAUAUUAGGAAUGGUAAUCUGGUGCCAAAUGUUUUGAGAUGGAAGGCUGAUAUGGAAGCUUCAAUGAAAAGUUCUCAGACCAAAAGGGAGGAUCUCACACCUUUUUUCCCAUCUAGAGGUGACUUUAGUGAGAUUAUGAAUUUAAUAAGGUAUGCCGAAUCAACAGUAGAUGGGGUUAAAGAUGAGGAGAAUUCGUCCGCUGACACUGAUCAGUGGUCGUCAUCUCCAUAUAUGGAUCAGUUGGCUAAUCAAGUGAAUUCCACUGACCAUCCCUCACAGCUGUUUUCACUCUCUCGAGGGCAGCGAGUUCAGGCGAAAGGGGUAGACUCCUUUGAUAUUGAUAUGGUCAAUACGUUUUUGUCUAUAUUCUUGGCCAAGGGAAAGCUGAGUUUAGCAUGCAAGUUAUUCGAGAUUUUCAGUGAUAUGGGUGCCAAUCCUGUGAGUUACACUUACAAUUCUAUGAUGAGUUCAUUUGUCAAGAAAGGAUACUUCAAUGAGGCAUGGGGUGUCCUCAACGAAAUGGGAGAGAAUGUCUGCCCAGCAGACAUAGCAACAUAUAACGUCAUAAUUCAAGGCCUUGGAAAGAUGGGAAGAGCAGAUCUAGCCAGCUCUGUUCUGGAUAAGCUAAUGAAGCAGGGCGGUUAUCUUGACAUAGUUAUGUAUAACACACUGAUCAAUGCACUAGGGAAGGCAGGCAGGAUGGAUGAAGUGAACAAACUCUUUGAGCAGAUGAGAACUAGUGGGAUCAAUCCUGAUAUUGUCACUUUCAAUACACUUAUUGAAGUUCAUAGCAAGGCGGGUCGACUAAAGGAAGCAUAUAAAUUCUUGAAGAUGAUGUUGGAUGCAGGCUGCACUCCAAACCAUAUUACUGACACAACUUUGGAUUUUCUUGGGAAAGAGAUUGAUAAACUCAGGUACCAAAAGGCAUCCAUGAUGCCAAACAAGGAUGAUUCUGCUUAGAAAAUUCUUCUGGUGAGGUUGGUUCAAGCGUUAUAAAAACCUAACGCUACUUUCUUUUUCCUUUUUUGGUCAAAACAUAAGUCAUAGUUGAAUUGUUGUGACUACAAGUAAAAACAGAUUUUACAACACCUUAUCUACUUCCUUGUAAAAGUGUUUAUCUUGUAAAUGUAAAAUUCACCAGUAUUAUAGCGCACCAGCAUAUUCCUCAAUGGGAGAAGGUAUGCACGAACAUCAUGUGUGACAAUCUGGGAAAGGGACAACAAAGAUUAUAUAGGGGUGAAUGUGGAAGAGGAACAUCUAUUGUGAAAGAGGUCACUGAUGGAUUGAGGACAUGGGUGUGCAGAUGUGUGUUCUUUUCCUUGUAGUAGAAACCAGUAUUCGAGCCAUAAUUCAUUUGGUUAGUAGACAUUUGUAUAUAUUCUUGUACCCUUGAUAUCAUAAAGGUGUAGUUCAUUAAAUGUC